CGUCGUCUGGAUCGUGAAGUUCAGAGUUCCUACAGUUUUCGUGUGCUCGUCAGCGAUGGUGUUCCCCACCCUGCGCCGGUACCGGAUACCGCGGCACUGACCGCUUCCAGUGGUCCACGAUGGUCGUUUCCCAAGCAGCGGGUUCACACAGCAGUCACCACCGUAGUCGUAUCGGUUCUGGACGAAAACGACAACAGCCCCACUUUUAUUCAACCCAAUUCCACCAAUCAUCUCAUCCUACUCGAUCCGACUACCGUUCCUGGCCGAUCUCUCUUGCAGGUAAAAGAUAACUAA